UAUUAUUACUCUAUGUGGCAAAUCACGCAUGUAGGUACUUUAAGUUUUUUAUACAUCGUAACAUUUAUUGUUGAAUUGUCAAAAAUCGGUUCUCUUCAGACACAUUUCUUCGUUUUGCGACUAUAAUCGUGUAUACAGCAUCUACCCAUAAUAUUUUAAAUAAUGAAUGCUAAUAAGUCAAAACAUGGACUGUCUAGUGAAGCCAAUGACUCGGAACCACGCAGCAUGGAUGUCGGUGGAACUAUUGAGUCUGACUGGAAAGAAGUGGAUGACAACUUCAAUGAGCUGAAUUUAAAAAAAGAAUUAAUGCAUGGUAUUUCCAUUUAUGGUUUGGAAAAACUAUUACCUAUUCAACAGCGUGCUAUUUUGCCAUGCAUCAAAGGACAAGAUGUCAUUGUUCAGGCCCAAUCUGGUACUGGCAAAAUUACUUUUUCAAUUUCAAUUCUCCAACUAAUUGACACAAGUUUAAAUGAGUGUCAAGCUCUCAUUUUGGCACCAACGUGUGAAUUGGCUCAACAAAUUCAAAACGUGAUUAUUGCUUUGGGCAACUUCAUGAAAGCCGAUUGUCAUGCUUGCAUUGCCAAAACAGACGUUUAUGAUAACAUGCAUAACAAGCUGAAUACUGUAUCCCAUGUAGUGGUUGGCACUCCUGACCAUGUUUAUGACAUGAUUGUUAGAAAAUCACUACUAACUCAAUUUAUCAAGAUAUUUGUGUUGGACGAAGCUGAUGAAAUAUUGUCUCAAGGUUUCAAAGAUCAAAUUACAAAGGUGUUCAAUUGCCUUGAAGAAAAUAUUCAGGUUAUUCUAUGGUCUGCUACAAUGUCUGAGGAUGUUUUGAAUGUGAACACGCACUUCAUGCGUAAUCCAGUACUCAUUCAUGGGCAGAAAGGUAAGGAUAACAUCAAAGACAGCUGCAAUGUACCAACAGCUGUUACUACAAGCGAUGACAUGGUAAACCAUAAGAAACUAGCAGAGUUUGUCAAAGAAGUAUUAGACUGUGACCUACAUAAAGAUAUGAUGGAAUUACGUUCAUUACGUCCAUUACGUUCAUCGAUUAAAUCCAAACAGUCAGUUGAAAAUCCUAAACAAAAGUUUCAAGACAUUAUCAUAGACAAAUUUGCUUUAAUCAACAUCAUCAAAUCACGUUAUGCAAGACAAAUGGAAAAUUUAUCAGUUUGUGAACAACAUCAAGACUUUUGGUUUAGAAAAUACAAAAAAUUAAUAAACCAUGUAAAUACCACUAGGGACAAAUUAAAACGUCUGAAUAGGGACCCUAAACCUAACCUUGCUGUUAAACAUGUUAGAAAUGUUGGAAUAAACGCGUGUCCAACAACAAUACUCAAAGAAACAGCAAUACUCAACAAAAAAACAAUAUUAUAGUGUUCACCACAAGUACCACCCUUUCAAAAAUUUUUUUUUUUAUAUUCGUAUUGCUCUAUAGACUAUGAAUAAGGUAUUUGAUUUUCCUAUAAAACUUAAAUUGUAUAACAAAGUCAUCGCUUAUAAAUAAAUAUUUUUUAUACUUUGCUUAUGAAUUGUUUUUGAAUAAAAUUAUAAUAAGUAAUAUCUUAUA